AUGGCCUCUCAGCAGAGGGGCGGGAAGUACAGAGGAUUCUUCCUGCUCUCCAUCCUCCUGGGGACCCGAUGGGAAGCCUGGGCAGGACACAUUCUCUACUCCGUGUCGGAGGAGACAGAAAAAGGAUCUUUUGUGGGUAAUAUCGCCAAGGACCUGGGACUGGAACCCCGGGAUCUGGCGGAGCGCGGAGUCCGCAUCGUCUCCAGAGGUAGGACGCAGCUUUUCUCUCUGAACCCACGAAGUGGCAUCUUGGUCACAGCAGACAGGAUAGACCGAGAGGAGCUCUGUGCUCAGAGCACGCGGUGUCUAGUGAGCUUUAACAUUUUGAUGGAAGAUAAAAUGAAUCUUUACCCUGUAGAAGUGGAAAUAAUAGAUGUUAAUGAUAAUGCUCCUAGAUUCUUGACCGAAGAAAUAAACGUGAAAAUAAUGGAGAAUACAGCUCCUGGGGUGCGGUUUCCGUUAAACGAGGCUGGGGAUCCAGAUGUUGGCACGAACUCCCUCCAGAGAUACCAGCUCAGCCCCAAUCGCCACUUCUCCCUGGUUGUGCAAAGUGGAGAUGAUGGAAAUAAAUACCCGGAACUGGUGCUGGAGCGGGAGCUGGACAGGGAGGAAGAGGGGGUUCACCACCUGGUCCUCACAGCCUCUGACGGCGGCGACCCACCCCGAUCUGGCACCGCCCAUAUCCAAGUAACAGUGGUGGAUGUGAAUGAUAACGCGCCUGUCUUCUCUCUGCCCCAGUACCAAGUGACCGUCCCCGAGAACGUGCCGGUGGGCACAAGACUGCUCACAGUAAAUGCUAUCGACCUGGAUGAAGGAGUCAAUGGGGAAAUCACGUAUUCUUUUAGGAAAAUAACCCCAAAACUUCUACAGAUAUUCCAUUUGAACUCCCUUACAGGAGAAUUGUCAAUUUUAGAAGGCUUAGAUUACGAAGAAUCCGGGUUCUAUGAAAUGGAAGUUCAGGCUCAGGACAGUCCUGGUAGUUUGACAAAGGCAAAAGUACUGAUCACAAUUUUAGAUGUGAAUGACAAUGUUCCAGAAGUGACUGUAACGUCUGUAAGCCGCUCCAUCCCUGAAGACACACCUCCUGGCACAGUAAUUGCUCUUUUCUACCUCCAAGACAGAGAUUCUGGGAAGAAUGGUGAGGUGACCUGCACUGUUCCAGAAAAUCUGCCUUUUAAAUUAGAAAGAUCAAUAGAUAAUUACUAUAGAUUGGUCACAGAGAAAAACCUGGACAGAGAAAAACUCUCUGUGUAUAACAUCACACUGAAAGCCACAGAUGGCGGUACUCCUCCCCUCUCCACAGAAACUCACAUCUCCGUGCAUGUGGCAGACACCAACGACAACCCGCCCACCUUCCCCCACUCCUCCUAUUCCAUCUAUAUCCCCGAGAACAACCUCAGAGGUACCUCCAUCUUCUCGGUGACCGCAGAGGACCCUGACAGCGAUGAGAAUGCCCAGGUCACGUAUUCCUUGUCUGAGGACACCGUCCAGGGGGUGCCGGUGUCUUCCUAUGUCUCCAUCAACUCCGACACUGGCAUCUUGUAUGCAUUGCGCUCCUUUGACUAUGAGCAAUUCCGCAACUUACAACUAAGAGUGACUGCGCGUGACAGCGGGGACCCACCACUCAACAGCAAUGUGUCACUGAGCCUAUUUGUAACGGACCAGAACGACAAUGCACCUGAGAUCCUGUACCCCACCCUUCCCAUUGAUGGUUCCACUGGCGUAGAGCUGGCUCCCCGCUCUGCAGAGCCUGGCUACUUGGUGACCAAGGUGGUGGCAGUGGACAGAGACUCAGGCCAGAACGCCUGGCUGUCCUACCGCCUACUCAAGGCCACCGAGCCUGGGCUGUUCACAGUGGGGCUGCACACAGGUGAGGUGCGCACGGCGAGGGCCCUGCUGGAGAGAGACGCGCUCAAGCAGAUCCUCGUGGUGGCCGCCCAGGACCAUGGCGAGCCCCCUCUCUCGGCCACCGUCACGCUCACCGUGGCUGUUGCCGACAGCAUCCCUGACAUCCUGGCUGACCUGGGCAGCAUCAAGACUCCCGCUGACCCCAACGAUUCAGACCUCACGCUGUACCUAGUGGUGGCUGUGGCCGCGGUCUCUUGUGUCUUCCUUGCUUUCAUCGUCGUGCUGCUGGCGCUCAGGCUCCGGCGCUGGCACUCGUCGCGCAUGCGUCAGGCUGCUGGCGGUGGGUUAGUUGGCGUGCCCACCUCACACUUUGUGGGCGUGGACGGGGUGCGGGCUUUCCUGCAGACCUAUUCCCACGAGGUCUCCCUCACCGCGGACUCGGGGAAGAGUCAUCUAAUCUUCCCUCAGCCCAACUACGCGGACACGCUCAUCAGCCAGGAGAGCUGUGAGAAAAGUGAUUCUUUGUUAACAUCUAUAGAUUUUCGUGAAUGUAAGGAUGACGCCCCAAGUAUUCAGGUAAGUUCAGACCUUCCUUUAUUUUUAUUUCCACGGGGAAUUGUGUUUUUGGAGAGCUUGACGCUCGAGAUCUUGUCGCGCAGCCGCAGCGCGCUUUCCAGGGCGGCCGCAUCUCCAACUCUCCAGCGCGAGCCCUUACGCGGCUGCCUCCUCGCGAAAAGAGUAAUCCCUGACCUCCACUCCGAACUCCGUCCGGAGCUCCGAAUAUCUGCAAUACAGAGAUUCUUUGUAAUCCGCUCGUCUCCAGGCCGGUGA